AUGAAAUGUCUGCCUUGUGUAAUGCCUUACACCGACGAUCUUGAAAACUUGGUGCAUGCAGGAGCCAAACAGGAGAAGCAGAAUAAAACCCCGCAGAACAAGAAGUGUCAUGGGAACGUCGACGAUCAUAAUAGUACCUGUCAGUGCACACCCGAGCAUCCUUGCUGGUUCAGUUUUGAAUCUUUGGUAUAUUAUUAUCAAUUUCAACAGCCAAAUGUUGAUACGGAACAAUUAACCAACACAUUUAGAAGAUAUUUACCUAUAAAAACGGGAACUUCAAGCUCCCAGAAAAAAGACGAAGAAGAAAAAAGACAAUCUAGUGGCUCGUCAUACGCCUAUGAAUAUAAUGGAAAAUCAUCCAACAUAUCCUGA